GAUGCUGGAGCUGUCAUUAUUCUGCAUCUGCCCGCAUGAUGCGGCUGCCGUGUAGACCGGAGGCAUAGGGACAAUCUCUGGAAACCAUCGUGUUAUCCAAGUGCAGGGAAGACAUGUCACAUAUGCUGCAAGCCACGGAGCGGAUGAAAUGGGGGAGCAAGGAGAUCGCCUUUAAGAGGGCCGCCUUCCUGCUGGCUGCUGCCUACGGACUGAAGACCCUGUGCCCCAUCAUCAGCAGGCAGCUCCGGCGGAAAGAGCGCAGCCCCUGCAAGCACGGCAGCCAGGACGGCCCCCUCCCCUCCCCGGGGGUCAAUGCGGAGUUCUACCGGCAGCUGCUGGAGCUCAGGAAGGUGCUGUUCCCCAGGCUGCUGAGCAAGGAGCUGGGGCUGCUGUCCGUGCACUCGCUGGCUCUUAUCUCCAGGACCUUCCUGUCCGUCUAUGUGGCCGGGCUGGACGGGAAGAUAGUGAAGAGCAUCGUGGAGAAGAAGCCCAGGAGCUUCCUGCUGCAGCUGAUCAAAUGGCUCCUGAUCGCCAUCCCGGCCACCUUCGUCAACAGUGCGAUCCGCUACCUGGAGUGUAAGCUGGCGCUGGCGCUGCGCACCCGGCUGGUGGACCAUGCCUACCAGACCUACUUCACCGAUCAGACCUACUACAAGAUCAUCAACAUGGACAGCAGGCUGGCCAACCCCGACCAGUCCCUCACUGAGGACAUCAUGAUGUUCUCCCAGUCUAUUGCACACCUGUAUUCCAACCUGACCAAACCCAUCCUGGACGUGGUGCUGACCUCCUACACCCUCAUCCAGACUGCCAGGUCCAGAGGAGCCGAUCCCCUGGGGCCCACACUGCUGGCCGGCCUGGUGGUGUAUGCCACUGCCAAAGUGCUGAAAGCAUGCUCCCCCAAAUUUGGCAAACUGGUGGCAGAAGAGGCCCACAGGAAGGGUUACCUGCGCUAUGUGCACUCCAGGAUUAUAGCCAAUGUAGAGGAGAUCGCCUUCUACAGAGGCCAUAAGGUAGAAAUGACAAAGCUUCAGAAGAGUUAUGUGGCAUUAGCAGAUCAAAUGAAUCUUAUUCUAUCGAAACGUCUGUGGUAUAUUAUGAUAGAGCAAUUUCUGAUGAAGUAUGUAUGGAGCGCAAGCGGACUUGUCAUGGUGGCUGUGCCCAUUAUCACUGCUACAGGCUUUGCAGAUGGAGAUUUAGAAGAUGGGCAGAAACCUACAAUGGUUAGUGAACGAACUGAAGCCUUCACCACAGCCAGAAACUUACUAGCAUCUGGAGCUGAUGCCAUUGAAAGAAUUAUGUCUUCAUAUAAAGAGGUCACAGAACUAGCAGGUUAUACUGCCAGGGUGUAUAAUAUGUUUUCUGUCUUUAACGAAGUAAAGAGAGGAAUUUAUAAAAAGUCUUCAAUUCAAGAAAAUCAGAACCAAAUAAAAAAGAUUGGGCUUCACAUAGACGGACCUUUGGAAAUUAAAGGUAAAGUUAUCGAUGUAGAUCAUGGCAUCAUCUGUGAGAAUGUCCCAAUCAUUACCCCAAAUGGAGAUAUAGUGGUUUCUAAGCUAAAUAUAAAAGUAAAGGAAGGAAUGCAUCUCCUCAUCACUGGCCCCAAUGGUUGUGGUAAAAGUUCUCUGUUCAGAAUCCUAGGAGGUUUGUGGCCAGUUUACGAAGGCGUUCUAUACAAACCUCCACCAGAAAAUAUGUUUUAUAUCCCCCAAAGGCCAUAUAUGUCAAUUGGAACAUUGAGGGAUCAAGUGAUCUAUCCUGACUCUGUGGAUGACAUGCAUGAAAAAGGAUAUGAAGAUGAAGAUCUUGAGCGUAUUCUUGAUAUUGUACAUCUGAAUCAUAUUGUACAAAGGGAAGGAGGAUGGGAUGCUGUCUCAGACUGGAAAGAUGUUUUAUCAGGAGGCGAGAAGCAAAGGAUGGGUAUGGCACGAAUGUUCUAUCACAGACCACAAUAUGCAUUGCUAGAUGAGUGCACUAGUGCUGUGAGCAUAGAUGUAGAAGGGAAGAUAUUUCAAGCUGCAAAGGAUGCUGGCAUAUGCCUCCUCUCCAUAACUCACCGUCCAUCUCUUUGGAAAUACCACACUCAUCUGUUGCAGUUUGAUGGAGAAGGCGGAUGGCGGUUUGAACAACUGGAUACCGCCACACGGUUAUCACUGAGUGAAGAGAAACAAAGACUUGAGUCUCAGCUUGCUGGAAUACCUAAAAUGCAGCAGAGGUUGAAUGAACUGUGUAAAAUCCUUGGAGAAGACUCUGUUCUUAAAACUGUUUGUAAAGAGCAGUAGCUAUUUUCAGGUGUCGGUGUCCACGCUCUGUAGAUUUUGUACAAGAGUUUACACAGAUUCAAGAUUCUAAUGUAUUUUGUAAUGAAUGUACUCUGUGCAUGGGAUGAAGUACCGGAAUCUGGAUUGAAAGGAUGAAUGAAUAAAUGAACAAAAGUAAAUAUCUGACAAGAACAUUAAUAUACGGUACUUACAAAAACAUGUGACGUGUAUCAGAUAUACAGAAUCUCUACCAUUUGGGCCCUUUUCAAUAUUUAAAAUGGUCAAAUGCAAUAGGCAGCCUUUUCUCAUGACAAUUAGGUCAUGUGUAGCUAAUGUAGGGUGAGUGGGCCUUCCACUUGCAUUCUGUUUCAUGGCACUCUUGUAAGGGCCUCAUGCACAAGUGUCCGUUCUACAUUUUUGCACA